GUUUUCCUUGUUUUUCUGCCGGGGAUGAGAUAAGAGCCGGGCACAGGCACAAGAUAAUGGCCAGGGGACACGGCGCCAGGAAGGAGCCCGUCCACAGCUGAAAUUCCUGGUGCUGUCGCCUUUGGGUGCUCGCAGGGAGGUCUCCGGGUGUUUCGCGAUGUCGACCUACAAGCGGGCAACACUGGACGAUGAAGACCCCCUGGACUCCCUUGGUGACGGUGAUGGAUACCGCAAUGGCUUUCAGGUGAACUUCCGCAGCUCACGGGGCAGCCGCGGGUGCUGGGCCGAGAGGACACAUGCCGAAAAGCAGUUGGUGGUGCUGGUGGGGGUGCUGGCGGUGCUGCUAGUGGCCUGUCUGCUGGGACUCAUCUUCCAGUACAGAGCCAGGCCACCCGCCGUGUGCCUGUCGGAAGCCUGCAUCUCCGUCACCAGCUCCAUCCUCAGCUCGCUGGACCGCACGGUGAAUCCCUGCGAGGACUUCUUCAGCUAUGCCUGCGGGGGCUGGAUCAAGGCCAACCCCCUCCCCGACGGUCACUCACGCUGGGGCACCUUCAACAACCUCUGGGAGCACAACCAGGCCAUCAUGAAGCACCUGCUGGAAAACACCACCGCCAAUGUGUCAAGCGAGGCAGAGCGCAAGGCACAGCGCUAUUACCGAGCCUGCAUGAAUGAGAGCAAGAUCGAGGAGCUGAGUGCCACCCCGCUCAUAGAGCUCAUCCAAAAGCUGGGUGGCUGGAACAUCACAGGUACCUGUGCCGGUGACAACUUCAACGAGACGCUGCGGGAGGUGACAGCGCAUUAUCGCACCUCGCCCUUCUUUUCCAUCUAUGUCAGCGCCGACUCCAAGAACUCCAACAGCAACGUCAUCCAGGUGGAUCAGUCGGGGCUGGGCCUGCCAUCGCGGGAUUACUACCUGAACAAGACGGAGAAUGAGAAGGUGCUCGCCGGGUACCUGAACUACAUGGUGCAACUGGGGAUGUUCCUGGGAGGCAUCGAUGAGGAGUCAACGCGGCAGCAGAUGCAGCAGAUCUUGGACUUUGAGACAGCCUUAGCCAACAUCACCAUCCCGCAGGAGAAGCACCGGGAUGAGGAGGCCAUCUACCAUAAAGUGACAGCAGGAGACCUGAAGGAGCUGGCACCGGCUGUGGACUGGAUGCCUUUCCUCUCCACGGUCUUUUACCCUGUGGAGCUCAAUGAGUCAGAGCCUGUUGUGGUCUAUGCCAAGGAGUACCUGGAGCAGGUCUCUGACCUCAUCCUGGCCACAGAUAAGUGUCUCCUCAACAACUACAUGAUCUGGAACCUGGUGCGGAAAACCAGCCCACUCCUUGACCAGCGCUUCCGGGAUGCUGAGGAAAAAUUCAUGGAAGUGAUGUAUGGGACGAAGAAGAGCUGCCUCCCGCGCUGGAAGUUUUGCAUCAGUGACACGGACAACAACCUGGGCUUUGCCCUGGGGGCCAUGUUUGUCAAGGCCACCUUUGCUGAGGACAGCAAGCAGGUGGCGGAGGAAAUGAUUGCGGAGAUUAAAACUGCCUUCGAGGAAAGCUUGGAGACCCUGCAGUGGAUGGAUGAAGAGACGAGGAAAUCGGCCAAAGAGAAGGCAGAUGCCAUCUACAACAUGAUUGGCUAUCCCAAAUUCAUCAUGGACCCCAAGGAGCUGGAUAAAGUCUUUAAUGAUUAUGAGGCCGUGUCCGACCUCUAUUUCGAGAAUGUCAUGCAGUUUUACAACUUCUCAGCCAGGGUCACGGCUGACCAGCUCCGGAAACCGCCAAACCGGGACCAGUGGAGUAUGACACCUCCGACGGUCAAUGCGUAUUACUCUCCCACCAAGAAUGAGAUUGUCUUCCCUGCUGGCAUCCUCCAGGCCCCCUUUUACACCCGUGCAUCCCCCAAAUCCCUGAAUUUUGGUGGGAUUGGUGUGGUGGUGGGCCAUGAGUUGACACAUGCCUUCGAUGACCAAGGCCGGGAAUAUGACAAAGAUGGCAACCUGCGUCCCUGGUGGAAGAACUCCUCAGUGGAGGCUUUCAAGCAUCAGACAGCAUGCAUGGUGGAGCAGUACGGCAACUACACCGUCAAUGGUGAAGCAGUCAAUGGCAAGCACACCCUUGGGGAGAACAUUGCUGACAACGGGGGCCUCAAGGCUGCCUAUCGGGCAUAUCAAAACUGGCUGAAAAAGAAUGGGGAUGAAGAAAUACUCCCAACUCUUGGCCUCACCAACUACCAGCUCUUCUUUGUUGGUUUUGCACAGGUGUGGUGCUCAGUUCGCACACCAGAGAGCUCACACGAGGGGCUCAUCACCGAUCCCCACAGCCCCUCACGUUUCCGCGUCAUCGGCACCGUCUCCAACUCCCCGGAGUUCGCGGAGCACUUCAGCUGCCCCCCAGGCUCCCCCAUGAACCCCCUCAAGAAGUGUGAAGUCUGGUGAUGGGCAAGUGCCCAAGGGAACCAGCGGCCAGUUGCUUUGUCCUCUGCCAACAGCUGGGCUUCCCCAGUCCUUUGAGUCUCAAACCACUUCUCCAUGCCACGGAGAGCCCGACUCCUCAGCCGGAGCGGUGUCUGCACCCCUGGCAUUGUCCAAGGUUCAGUCCACUGUGAAAACUCCUCAUCCCCCUGCUUGCUGGUGCAAUGACUUCAGUUUGGGAGUCUCUUCUUUCCCACCUUGACCGGGCCAAGUGUCGCAGCACACACGUCCGUGGGCACUUCCUGUACUUACACACACAUCGCUCCAGCCUGACCCACUGCCUGGAAAACCCUUCUGUUUUGGAGGUGAUAAAGGGAACCCCCAACAGCGGCAGGUUUGUCUGCAUGUCUA